AUGGCUCCCGCUGCCACCGCAUCUGCGCCCACCGCGCCGCACAAUCUCGUCAAGGAAGCUCCCCUCCAUAUCUUUCCAGAUGGACUGAGAACAACCGGUCAGCACGAUCCUCUUUACGAGCAUAUCCUACCAUUCGAGAAGUUCCCUAAGCAGAUCACCGGUCCUACCGUGUGGAAUCCAGAGGAAUAUCGCUCGAAGCCAGAGAAAUGGACACAUCAGUUUACCGCAGACCAAAUUGAAGAGCUGAGCAAUGCGGCCGAUGCUUUCCUCGCAUCCAAAACCCCGCUCACUGGUAUUACCAAGAACAACUUCCGCGUGCCAGUCCUAGCUCCAUACCUAGAGAAACUCCGUCUCGACCUCAUUGACGGAAAGGGAUUCAUCCUUUUCAAGGGCUUCCCCGUCCAGCUAUGGGGUAACCACAAGUCGGCUGUCGCCUACAUGGGUCUGGGUACUUACCUCGGCUAUUUCGUGAGCCAGAACAGUCGCGGCCAUGUACUUGGCCACGUCAAGGAUCUCGGCGAGGACUCCACUCAGAUCGACAAGGUCCGCAUCUACCGUACAAAUGCUCGCCAAUUCUUCCAUGCCGAUGACUCCGAUAUCGUCGGCCUACUGUGCAUCACCAAGGCAAUGGAAGGCGGCGAAUCAGACCUCGUCUCCUCGCACAAUGUCUACAACACACUCGCCGUUGAGCGCCCCGACGUCCUAAAGACUCUUACCGAGCCAAUCUGGUAUUUCGACCGAAAGGGCGAGACAAGCAAAGGCGAGAAAGAGUUCAUCCGGACUAGCGUCGUGUACCUUGAGCGCGGCGAGAACGGCCGUGUAUACACCAAAUGGGACCCUUACUACGUCCGCUCGUUGACCCGCUUCUCCGAUGCGGGCAUCAUUCCCCCACUCAGCGAUGCCCAGCUCGACGCUAUCCAGGUCCUCGAGGAUACCUGUAACAGACUUUCUUUGCACAUGAUUUUGGAUGUCGGCGACAUCCAGUUCCUGGCCAACUCGCAUAUCUUGCAUGCUCGUACUUCUUACACGGAUUUUGCCCCUCCUGCGCCUCGUCGUCACCUCAUGCGGUUGUGGCUUGCGACACCUGAGAGUGAGGGCGGGUGGAAGUUGCCGUUCUGGGACUCUAAUGAGAAGAAGAGAGGUGGUAUUCAGGUUGAUGACCAGGCCCCUGUUGCGCCUCUUGAUGCGGAGUAA